AUGUGCUGGUAUUCUCUUCCGCCUCACCAGCUAUCCUCUUCCACUUCCAUCCCAUUCCGCUGGUAUCCUCUUCCGCCUCACCAGCUAUCCUCUUCCACCUCACCUGCUAGCCCCUUUCUGCUAUCCCUCUUCCAGUCCACCUGCUAUCCUCUUCCGCCUCACCUGCUAUCCUCUUCCACUUCACCUGCUAUCCACUUCCGCUUCACCUGCUAUCCUCUUACAAUUCUCCUGCUAUCCUCUUCCGCCUCACCUGAUAUCCUCUUCCGCCCCAACUUCUAUCCUCUUCCACUUCACCUGCUAUCCUCUUCCGCUUCACCUGCUAUCCUCUUCCGCCCCACCUUCUAUCCUCUUCCACCUCAACUGAUAUUCUCUUCCACUUCACCUGCUAUCCACUUCCGCCCCACCUUCUAUCCUCUUCCACUUCACCUGCUAUCCUCUUCCGCUUCACCUGCUAUCCUCUUCCACCUCAACUGCUAUCCUCUUCCGCCUCACCUGCUAUCCUCUUCCGCCUCACCUGCUAUCCUCUUCCGCCUCACCUGCUAUCCUCUUCCGCCUCACCUGCUAUCCUCUUCCACCUCACCUGCUAUCCUCUUCCGCCUCACCUGCUAUCCUCUUCCACCUCACCUGCUAUCCUCUUCCACCUCACCUGCUAUCCUCUUCCGCCUCACCUGCUAUCCUCUUCCGCCUCACCUGCUAUCCUCUUCCAACUCACCUGCUCCUCUUCCGCCUCACCUCUAUCCUCUUCCACCUCACCUGCUAUCCUCUUCCGCCUCCAUCUGCUAUCCUCUUCCACCUCACCUGCCAUCCCCUCAUCCGCUUCCACCUCACCUCUAUCCCCUUCCGCUUCACCUCACCUGCUAUCCUCUUCCACCUCACCUGCUAUCUUUCUUACCUGCUUCACCUUUCCUCAUCCACUUAACCUGCUAUCCCUCUUCCACCUCACCUGCUAUCCUCUUCCACCUCACCUGCUAUCCUCUUACACUUCUCCUGCUAUCCUCUUCCGCCUCACCUCCUCUUCCUGCUAUCCUCUUCCACUUCACCUGCUAUCCUCUUUCGCCCCUGUCCUCUUCCACUUCACCUGCUAUCCUUCCGCCUCACCCUGCUAUCCUCUUCCACCUCACCUGCUUAUCCCUCUUCCGCCUCACCUGCUAUCCUCUUCCGCCUCACCUCCUCUUCCACUUCACCUGCCAUCCUCUUCCGCCUCACCUGCUAUCCACUUCCACCUCACCUGCUAUCCUCUUCUGCCUCACCUGUUAUCCUCUUCCGCCUCACCUGCUAUCCUCUUCCACCUCAACUGAUAUUCUCUUCCACUUCACCUGCUAUCCACUUCCGCCCCACCUUCUAUCCUCUUCCACUUCACCUGCUAUCCUCUUCCGCUUCACCUGCUAUCCUCUUCCACCUCAACUGCUAUCCUCUUCCGCUUCACCUGCUAUCCUCUUCCGCCUCACCUGCUAUCCUCUUCCAACUCACCUGCUAUCCUCUUCCGCCUCACCUGUUAUCCUCUUCCACUUCACCUGCCAUCCUCUUCCGCCUCACCUGUUAUCCUCUUCCACUUCAUAUGCUAUCCUCUUCCACCUCACCUGCAAUUCUCUUCCGCCUCACCUGCUAUCCUCUUCCACCUCACCUGCUAUCCUCUUCCACUUCACCUGCCAUCCUCUUCCGCCUCACCUGCUAUCCCCUUCCGCUUCACCUGCUAUCCUCUUCCGUCUCACCUGCUAUCCUCUUACGCUUCACCUGCUAUCCUCUUCCACCUCACCUGCUAUCCUCUUCCACUUCACCUGCCAUCCUCUUCCGCCUCACCUGCUAUCCCCUUCCGCUUCACCUGCUAUCCUCUUCUGUCUCACCCCAUCCUCUUACCUUCAACCUGCUAUCCUCUUCCACCUCACCUCACCUGCCAUCCUCUUACACUUCACCUGCUGUCCUCUUCCACCUCACCUGCAAUCCUCUUCCGCCUCACCUGCUAUCCUCUUCCCUGCCCUCAUCCAUCCUCUUCCACCUCACCUGCCAUCCUCUUCCCCCUCACCUGCUUUAUCCUCUUCCACCUCACCUGCUAUCCUCUUCCACUUCCCUGCCUGCUCCACUUCCGCCUCACCUGUCCUCUUACCCUCCUUCCUCUUCCGCCUCACCUGGUAUCCUCUUCCGCCCUCUUUCCUAUCCCUCUUCCUUCCCCACCUGCUAUCCUCUUCCACCUCACCUGCUAUCCUCUUCCACCUCACCUGCUAUCCUCUUCCGCCUCACCUGCUAUCCUCUUCCACCUCACCUGCUAUCCUCUUACACUUCAUAUGCUAUCCUCUUCCACCUCACCUGCUAUCCUCUUCCACCUCACCUGCUAUCCUCUUCCACCUCACCUGCUAUCCUCUUCCACCUCACCUGCUAUCCUCUUCCACUUCACCUGCUAUCCUCUUCCACCUCACCUGCUAUCCUCUUACACCUCACCUGCUAUCCUCUUCCACUUCCCCUGCUAUCCACUUCCGCUUCACCUGCUAUCCUCUUACAAUUCUCCUGCUAUCCUCUUCCGCCUCACCUGGUAUCCUCUUCCGCCCCUCUUUCUAUCCUCUUCCGCCCCACCUGCUAUCCUCUUCCACUUCACUUGCUAUCCUCUUCCGCCUCACCUGCUAUCCUCUUCCGCCUCACCUGCUAUCCUCUUCCACCUCACCUGCUAUCCUCUUCCGCCUUACCUGUUAUCCUCUUCCACUUCACCUGCCAUCCUCUUCCGCCUCACCUGUUAUCCUCUUCCACUUCAUAUGCUAUCCCUUCCCCACCUCACCUGCCCUCUUCCGCCUCCACCUGCUAUCCUCUUCCACCUCACCCCUUCACCUGCCAUCCUCUUCCACCUCACCUGCUAUCCCUUCUUCCUGCCUUCCACCUGCUAUCCUCUUCCACCUCACCUGCUAUCCUAUUCCGCCUCACCUGCUAUCCUCUUCCACCUCACCUGCUAUCCUCUUCCACCUCACCUGCUAUCCUCUUCCGCCUCACCUGCUAUCCUCUUCCACCUCACCUGCUAUCCUCUUCCACCUCACCUGCUAUCCUCUUCCGCCUCACCUGCUAUCCUCUUCCACCUCACCUGCUAUCCUCUUACACUUCAUAUGCUAUCCUCUUCCACCUCACCUGCUAUCCUCUUCCACCUCACCUGCUAUCCUAUUCCGCCUCACCUGCUAUCCUCUUCCGCCUUCCAACUUCUAUCCUCUUCCCCUGCUUCACCUGCUAUCCUCUUCCGCUUCACCUGCCACUCUUCCCUCCUCUUCCACCUCAACUGAUAUUCUCUUCCACUUCACCUGCUAUCCACUUCCGCCCCACCUUCUGCUAUCCUCUUCCACUUCACCUGCUAUCCUCUUCCAUUCACCUGCUAUCCUCUUCCACCCUCAACUGCUAUCCUCUUCCGCCUCACCUGCUAUCCUCUUCCGCCUCACCUGCUAUCCUCUUCCAACUCACCUGCUAUCCUCUUCCGCCUUACCUGUUAUCCUCUUCCACUUCAUAUGCUAUCCUCUUCCACCUCACCUGCAAUUCUCUUCCGCCUCACCUGCUAUCCUCUUCCACUUCACUUGCUAUCCUCUUCCGUCUCCCCAGCUAUCUUGUCCACCUCACCUGCUAUCCUCUUCCGCCUCAUCUGCUAUCCUCUUCCACUUCACCUGCCAUCCUCAUCCGCCUCACCUGCUAUCCCCUUCCGCUUCACCUGCUAUCCUCUUCCGUCUCACCUGCUAUCCUCUUACGCUUCACCUGCUUUCCUCAUCCACUUAA